AUGGCCUUGGACGGAAUUCAAGCGUCUGGAUAUCAGCAGACCCUUCCAUUGAGGAACCUCACCUUGCAGCCGGCCAUUCCCACGGCCGAGCUGGAGAGCACCUGGAAAAGCAUCGGAUAUCUGCAUCGCCCAGGCCUGCUGCUGCUGCUGGAUCAGGAUGGCCGUUCCAUCGUGGAGCAUUCCUUGCGCGGGGGUGGCUAUACGGCCAAAUAUUGGAGCUUGAGUGACAGUCUUCCACAGAAGUUGGAGGUCAUUGAACCCAUUGAGGGCCCGGGAAGUCAGAUGUGCAGCACCAAGGGAUCAGGCUUGGUGAACAUGGGCUGGGCCAUCUAUGCUUCCACCGACUCGGGACAGGUGGUGAUUUUGUGCCCCUCGGCCGCAGCGCGAGUGCUGCAACCGCUGCACAUGAUCGUGUCGCUGCGGCGGAAGCAAGCUGCCAUGUCGAUCAUGAAGUUGGUAGACUCACACACCGGUGCGGUGAAAUUGCAACGAGAGAAGAUCAUCGGAGUUCAGAGAGACAUCUACAACGGUGUGCUGUGGCUCAUGGUCUCCACCACGGAGGGCUCCACCGAGAUCCGGGCCUGGGACGUCUCGGUGGGACAGGUGGGACGUUGGUCCUUACCGACCGGGCGACGAUGGGCUCAGGGGCUGUGCCUUCUGGGCCCCAACCAGGGCCUUCUGAUGGCCGCGGCGGACGACAGCAGCGAGGCCGCCGCGGGCGCCGAGCUUUGGCGCCUGGUGCCGCGCCUGGAGAGACGGCGACGGGCCAAGAAGGCGCCCGUAGCAUGUGGCGUGGCGCCCCCGUUUUUGGCGAGAAAAUGGGCCCCAAAUCGAUGGCAAUGGUUUGGUUUAAGGGAAAAUCUACACCGGAAAUCCAUGUUUUUUUUACCAUGA